UCUAGGGACACUGCAAGCAGGAGACCCAUCUGCUUUACCAAAGUCUCGAUCUUCCAGGGCGGACGGAGACAGAGAACACUGACCAUAAGAUGGCUUCAGACAUCCUCUCCAUGGGCCCUGUCUACCAAGGCCCUGACAUGAACAAAAUAAGGCUGAUGACAGAGCCAUCCAAAAAGACAGCCUCCCUGCUAAAAGCCCUGGUCCCCUCUAAGACCAAACUCACCACGAUCGAGACCAAGAGGAUCAUGUCCGUACUAGAUGAGACCAUCUACAAGGUGCAGCUGGUGACCCUCCUGUCCUACGUGACCGCCAGUAAAGAAGAUUUGGAGAGCAUGCUGGGAAAGGACAUCGCGAAGGCCAUGAGGGAGCACGAGGACCUCUGCCAGGUCCUCCUGGACAGGGUCGGUCACCUGCAGGAUGAAGAGCGGCGGGUGCAGGAGGAGGAAGAGUUUGAGGACGAAGCGCGGUUCCGAGACCGCCUCCUGCGCCUAGAGCAGCAGAAAUCCCACCUCCCGCCACUCAUGCAGCAGAUCCGAGAAUCCACCAAGGGCGUCCUGAGGCUCUUGCUCAGUCACCCGCAGGCUGCCGGGGUCUUGCAGUUGCAGACACUGGGCAGAAGUGCGGGAGCCCAGACCUUCAUCGACAGCCUGAUCGAGCUGCGGGGCUUCCUGUUUGAGAAGCUGCUCACCAGUCCCAUGGAAGCUAGAGACAAGGCUCAGUUCAUACAGGAUGUCACCAAACAGAACAGAAGUAACCAGGAAGCCAUUGGUGCUCUGGAGGAAGAACUGGCGGUGAGAACGAAGGACAGAAAUGCAGAGGUGGAAAAGGAGAACUCCAUGAUCCAAGAACUGAAAAGCCAGCUGCACCAGGUGCUCAAGUUCUCGGAGAGCAGCCUCCAUCGCAGCAAGCGGGAGGCCGAAAAGCAGCAGAAGGCAGACUUCCGGGCCUCCCAGGCCAGGGUGGCCAAGAUCCAGCAGGAGAUCCUGCAGCUGAGGACCCAGUUCCACAACCUGGUCAUGGAGAACCGGGAGGCAGAGCAGGCGCUGCGGAAGAAGAAGUAUAAAGUGGAGACAGAAAUUGAGAACUGGAUCCAGAAAUACGAUUCGGAGAUGGGUGAAAAGCAGGAAGAGUACGAGGAGCUGGACAUCAUCCACAAGGAGGAGAAGGCCCAGCUGGACGAGCUGAAGCAGAGGCAUGACGUGCUGGUGGAGGAGUUCGCCCAGAUCCGGGAGGAGCGGGAGAUCCACUCCAAGAAGAGGAUGGAGGAUGAGCAGGAGCUGCGGCGCAUGGUGCGGGCUGCCACGCUCAUCCAGGCCGUGUGGAAGGGCUACCUGGUCCGCUCCAUGCUCAAGUCCAAGAAGAAGAAGCGCGGCAAAGGCAAAGCGAAGGAGGCCAAGGGCGGGAAGGCCAAGGGCAAGAAGGCGGCCAAGGACAAGAAAUGAGCCCUCCUCCUCCUCCUGCCCUGUCCUGAGUCCUCACUGUGCCCACCUCCCAGACAGCAGGCCAGAAAGCCUCUGGGACAGGGAGGCCCUGUAAUGGUGGUUUGAACACUUUUUCAAAAUUAAAAACCACUUUAAACCACACCCUAUAAAUAAACCUCCUUUUACCCAGA